CUUGUCACACUAAGAUACGUGGCUAAAGCUGACUUUUUCUCUGAAGUUGGGGAUUUGCACAGGAUUUCGAGGUCAUCUGUGUGCCGUAUAAUUCAUAAUGUUUGCUAUGCUAUCAAUGCAACCAUAGACAACAUAGACUUUCCGGAAAGGGUGUGUGAAAUGCGAUCCAUCAAAACGGAUUUUCAUCAAAUUGCUCACAUACCAAACUGCAUCGGUGCUGUUGAUGGGACGCUCAUUCCAAUAAAAGGAAUGACUGGCCCCGAGGAAUUUGCGUACGUUUGUAGGAAAAACUUUCACGCAUUAAACAUCCAAGCGGUAGCUGAUGCCAACAUGAGAUUCCUACACAUCAAUGCCCGCUACCCUGGAUCAACACACGAUGCAUACGUGCUCACAAACUCCGGACUUCCUGAUCGAGUCCAGUCUCUUCCAGAGGGUGGCUGGUUGCUCAGGGACUCAGGAUACCCAUUACGCACGUGGUUGCUGACUCCCUAUCAGUCCCCAAGCAACAGGCGGGAGGAGAAAUUCAAUGACAGCCAUGGAAAAACAAGAGUGGUGGUUGAGAGGGCAUUUGGCGUUUUAAAGGCUAGGUUUAGGUGCUUACAUCAGUCUGGGGGUGUUCUUCCAUUUUCGCCAAUUAAGUGCUCCAGAAUAAUAGAAACAUGCUUCAGACUUCAUGACAUUGCAUUGAAAGGAAAAAUUCCAUUACAAGACAGAGGACGAGUAGUGAAUUACCACCAAAACAUGUUGUUUGGGGACAACGCACCUGUUCUGGCUAAUCAGACAAGAGAGCAAGUUGCAAGCUUGCUUUGA